GCCCUCUUGUGUCCUUCAGUGUCCUCUGUGUUCCCUGUUUUUUUGUGGGUGGGGGCUUUAUUUUGACUCUUCUGUGCUAUAACUAUGACGAUGUUCGCGGUGACACAAUUAGCCCAGCAGGUGGCGCUAUUUUAUUACAGUGGCCAUAGCGGACACAUGAUUCAUGUGUACUCGUAAUUAUCCGUGUAUGAAAAACACACUACACUAAGAAUAGAAGCACAACAUGACCGGAUAGCCCAGCUUGUUGUGGAGAUCUCCCGGAGGCUGUCGGUGAUAAUGGAUCCGUACGACAACCAGAGAGACCAGCUGAACCCCAGGAGAGCCCCUGCUCACCUCACGGAGAGGGCUGCAGGUGAAGCUGACACCGACCCUACAGCUGAGAAUGCCCCCGGUCAUGCACCUGACGGCCGGGAUCCACGAGCGACGGACAGGCAGCCUCGGUACUCAGAUGGAUUCACCAUGAUAGCGCCAAACGAAUCUCGUCGAAGCAAGAUGCAAAUGGUGUCUCAGAAAGAACUGGAGGACCUUCAAAGAUGGAAAGAGGCAAACAGAGCCCCCCCUGUGCACCUGAAUCCAGAGAGGCUAGGUGGUUCUGUAACACUUGAUGAAGCCAGACAGAAGCAGUUUAGGGACUUACGUUGCUCCAAACUGCAGAAGAAGCUGAAAAAAGAAGAGCAGGACAGAAGGAAGAGACAAGAGGAGGAGGAAGAGUUACAGAAGAUGAAAAAUGAGAAGAGGGAGAUGGCUGAGCGCCUGGAGGAGAAGCGACGACAGGAGGAGCAGAGGAGGAGGGAGAAGCUCCAGCAGGAUCACCUCAGGAAUACUGAGCGUUUUUUGCAUAGGUUUGAGACGAGAGCCCCAGGUCCAGUGACAUCCAGCGGUGCCGCACACACGUCAUCUAGGAGUGAGGCCAUGGUGAGUAAACAGAGAGAGGAGGCAAAAAGUGUGAAAGAUGUCCAGCUGGAACACAAGAGGGUGAACUCGGCCUUUCUGGACAAACUGGAGGGUCGAGACGUAGGGAGUGAGAAAGAGCCAAAGUCGGAAGUCAUGCAGGAGGUGGAGUAUCCCUGUUCUACCUCUGACUUUAGGUACCAACCACCCAACACCUCUGGACAACAACACCCCCUCAAUUACACAUUGGACACAAAUCCAGAUCAGAGCUGCUCUGGAUGGAAAGAGGAAGCUGACACUGAUCCUGACUAUGACUGGUCCUUGAUGAAACUGAUGAACAGCUUUCCAAACUGCUCCAGAGAGUUCCUGGAGGACAUCCUCGACCAGUGCAACAAUGAUUACGAGCAGGCCUUUUCACUACUCAUCAACACGCUCAGUUGACUUUUAUGUGUCUUUAAUGGCAGGAUUGUCUUUUCCCUUAAUAUUAUGUUUGACAUUUAUGCAUUUGAGCAACAUAAAAAUGUUUAUUAAUAAUAGCUAGAAGGAAGUUUCCUACUUUGGUGGUGGAUGAAUGUAAAUAACUAUGCUGACAGCAUUAAAGAUGUACCUACAGUGCAGCAUGUGCUUGUAAUCUGUUUUUGAUUAUCCCAUUAAUCAUGGAGUGUUUGGUGUCUUGUAUCUGUCUGCAUGCACAAGUGAGUCAUGUCGGGUUUUUGCCUUGACAUGGAUUUAAAUUGAUGUUCGUUUUUACCAGUUUAUUUGAAGGUCAUCGUUAUGACUCAUAAUCUUCAGACCAUAUUUGGGGCUCUUAAUUAAAUCAGUGUGUGUAGAUGGAAAGGGCUCAACCCAAAUGCAUUUUUUGUUUGUUUCAAAGUCAUAUGUGAUGUAUGUAUAGCAGGAUUCUUCAGGACAACAAAGGUUGCAAAUCUGAAAAGGAUUUGCUAUAGACAGGCCUUUUAUGAUUGUUUUAAUUUUAAACUCACAGUAGCUUUACAGGACUUAAAUAAAACACCUUUUUUUUCGACACUGUU